AGCCCAGCGGUCGGAUCCUUCUUGCUGGGGGCGGCAGAAGCACCAAAGGAAAAGACCUCUUUGGCGGGUCUCCCGAGGCCGUUGGUGGAAGGGAGCGAGGUCCGAGCCUGACGCUGCCCAAACAUCCUUCCCCUUCAGAUCACAGACAGCCACCUUCUGCUAAAAGGUCCCCCAAAGCCCUUUUGGGCGAAAGGGGAUCGAUCGGAGAGCUUCCCAAGAUGAAUUAGCUGGGAGAGCAUCGCAGUGGCUUAGUUCAGACAACCGGGGAAACCAGGACGCUUGAGCGCUAACGUUGCCCGUUUCUGGACAGUGUCUUCCUCGGACCCCUCCCACCCUUCAGGGACCCCGGAAGAGUCCAAGGGAGCAGCGCCGUUUUCUCUCUUCUUCGCGGACCCAAACAGGGCGGAGAAUUUUAGCAGAGUUGGAUUACUUUCUGGAUCCAAACGGGAGCCGAACUGGGGCAGCAGCGCCUAAGCGACUUGCCCUUAGCGGACGGCAGGCGUCUUCGGUUGGUGGCGCACGGGAGCGCCUGGUUGGAGGGCGAUGCAGCUCUACCGGGCGCCCCUCUUGCUCUUGGGGGCGGCGCUGGGGUCCUUGCUGCCAGGCGGCCUUUGCGAUUCCUCCAGGCACUCCCUAUGCUAUUCCUACCUGAAGAUAUCAGAGCCCAACCAAGGGCUGCCCGAGUUCCUCUCCGUGAUCCACCUGGAUGAUCAUCCCAUUGCUCUAUAUGACAUCCUCAAUGGGAUGACAGUUCCUCUGGUGCCCUGGAUGGAGGCGGAGGAGGUGAAGACACCUGAGAGGAUUUUCAGAGCUGACCUGGAGUGGUUAUCAAACCGCAACCCCCAGACUGGAGGGCUUCACACCUGGCAGAUGAAUUUGGGCUGUGAGCUCAUUGAAGACGGGAGCAAAAGAGGGUUUUUGCACUAUGGCUAUAAUGGGAGGGACUUCAUCAGCUUUGACAAGGAGACCCUCAGAUGGGUGACAGCUCAGCCCCAGGCCCAGAAGGUCAAGGAGAAGUGGGAGGAAAAUCCAAGGUGGUCCUGGGGGAAAAGAGACUUCCUGGAGAAGACCUGCAUUGUGUGGCUGAAGACAUACCUGCCCCACCAGAAGAAGGCUCUGAAGAAGACAGAGCCCCCAGUGGGGAAAGUGACUAGCAAGGUGGUGGAUGACAGCCUGGAGGUCCUCAUCUGCCAGGCCUUUGGCUUCUACCCCAAGGAGAUCAGGAGCACCUGGAUGAGAGACGGAGAGAUCUGCCAGUAUGAGACCCUCCAUAGGAACGUGGUCCCCAAUUCAGAUGGGACCUAUUAUGUCCAGCUCAGCAUUGAGAUUGACCCCAAGGAGAGGGACCGUUUUCGGUGUCGCCUGGAGCACGAGGGAUUGCAGGAGCCUCUGGUGUUGUCUUUCAAGGAGGAAAGAGCUACAGAGUGGUGGAUUCCUGUGGGAGCUGUAGUAGGUGUAAUUUUUGGAGCUGUGAUUUUCUUCCUGAUGGGCAGUUUCUGGAGAUGUAGAAUGAUUCCCUAUCAGAAAGCAAAAUCUUCAGUUGAUGAUUUGCCAUCAGGAAUACUUUCUUCUUCUCUUAAUUGUGGCACAGAUAAUAAGAUUCAAUCUGAACUGAUGCUCCAAUCUGAAGUAACUUCGGAGGACAUGGAAUCCUGUGGAGAGCGGAGACCCCAGAGGGUUGUUGAAGACUCUGGGUCAACUUUGCGCAGGCGAGAAGGGAAGAAGAAGCCGCUCACAAAGUCAAUAACUUUGGACAAAGCAGAAGCAAUAGAGUUAAAAGAGGGUUCCAAAGCAGAGAAAGUGACUGUGAGAUCUGUUAGAAGGAGUCACACAGUUCCUAUGCAAUACCCCCGAGGAGAAGAGGGCUACUAACUUCAAGCAACCGCAGGAGUCCUGGCUGCCACCAUCAGGGAGGCCCUGCCAUCAGCGCAUUUCCCCUUCACUUGCAUCUUGGGAAGAGCAUCAGCAGAAGCAGCAGGUGUUUGCAGAUCAGUUGCUUGAUUUUCCUGUUUUCUUAUUUUUUCACAUGUUAUUAUUGUUAUUUUUGACAUUAGUUGCAAGUCUUACUUCAUUCUGAGCCUUAGCUUUCCUGAUUUCAUAUUUGCAUUUCUGUUGGCAUUCUGCCUUAGCUAUAAGCCCCGCUCUCUAUUUUUUAUACUUAUUCUUUUUGUCUUUAACAGAGAGUUCUUUAUUCAACCAUUCUGGUUUGUAUUUCAAGAGCCAUGGGGGCACCAUGGUUAGAAUGCAGGCUAAUUCUGCCGACUGCCAGCAGUUUGAUCCUGAACGGCUGACGAUUGACUCAGCCUUC